GUUGACCUCAGUCUCCGGGAAAGCAGACUCCGCUCUGGCUCCGGAAAAACAGCUGCUGGCGUGGGCCGUGCGGGGAAUGGGCGGCCUCGUGACCUAGUGUCGGGCAGCAGGGAGAGCCUGGUCAGCCUGCUCGCGCAGGGGCGGAUAUAGGCGGCCGAGGAGCCGCAGGAACAACUGGACCCGGCCAGCGGCCUGAGCGUCCGCGCCGCCCGCCGCCAUGAACGGGGAAGCCAUCUGCAGCGCCCUGCCCACCAUUCCCUACCACAAGCUCGCAGACCUGCGCUACCUGAGCCGCGGCGCGUCGGGCACCGUGUCGUCAGCCCGCCACGCAGAUUGGCGCGUUCAGGUGGCGGUGAAGCACCUGCACAUCCACACCCCGCUGUUGGACAGUGAAAGAAAUGAUGUCUUAAGAGAAGCUGAAAUUUUACACAAAGCUAGAUUUAGUUACAUUCUUCCAAUUUUGGGAAUUUGCAAUGAGCCUGAAUUUUUGGGAAUAGUUACUGAAUACAUGCCAAAUGGAUCAUUAAAUGAACUCUUACAUAGGAAAACUGAAUAUCCUGAUGUUGCUUGGCCGUUGAGAUUUCGCAUCCUACAUGAAAUUGCACUGGGUGUAAAUUACCUGCACAAUAUGAAUCCUCCUUUACUUCAUCAUGAUUUGAAGACUCAAAAUAUCUUAUUGGAUAAUGAAUUUCAUGUUAAGCCCGUAAUUCUUGUUUUCAGUGUCCCUUCUUCGUGCUGCAGUGGCUUAGCUAUUCCCGGACCUCAAGACCAAGAAUUUGACAUUGAUACAAUGCAUAUUGCAGAUUUUGGUUUAUCAAAAUGGCGCAUGAUGUCCCUCUCACAGUCACGAAGUAGUAAAUCUGCGCCAGAAGGAGGGACAAUUAUCUAUAUGCCACCUGAAAACUAUGAACCUGGACAAAAAUCAAGGGCCAGUGUCAAGCAUGAUAUAUAUAGCUAUGCAGUUAUCACAUGGGAAGUCUUAUCCAGAAAACAGCCUUUUGAAGAAGUCACCAAUCCUUUGCAGAUUAUGUAUAGUGUGUCACAAGGACAUCGACCUGACACUAAUGAAGAAAGUUUGCCAUUUGAUAUACCUCAUCGAGCACUUAUGAUCUCUCUGAUAGAAAGUGGAUGGGCACAAAAUCCAGAUGAAAGACCAUCAUUCUUAAAAUGUUUAAUAGAACUUGAACCAGUUCUGAGAACAUUUGAAGAGAUAACCUUUCUUGAAGCUGUUAUUCAACUAAAGAAAACAAAGUUACAGAGUGCUUCGAGUACUGUUCACUUAUGUGACAAGAAGAAAAUGGAGUUAUCUCUGAACCUGUCUGUAAAUCAUGGUCCACAGGAGGAAUCGUGUGGAUCCUCUCAACUCCAUAAAAGUAGUAGUUCUCUCAGAACCUCAAAGUCCCUCUCAGCUCAAGACAAUGAUUUUUUAUCUAGAAAAACUGAAGACUAUUCUGUGCUGCAUCACUGUCCAGUAAAUCACAGUUGUGAUAGUAACAUUCCUGCAGCUCAGAGAGCAACAUUCUGUGAUCACAAGACCACCCCAUGCGCUUUAGCAAUAAUAAAUUCACUCUCAGCUGAGGGAAAUUCAGAGCGAUUACAACCUGGUAUAGCCCAACAGUGGAUCCAGAGUAAGAGAGAAGACAUUGUGAACCAGAUGACUGAAGCCUGCCUUAACCAAUCGCUAGAUGCCCUUCUGUCCAGGGAUUUGAUCAUGAAGGAGGACUAUGAACUCGUUAGUACCAAACCUACAAGGACCUCAAAAGUCAGACAAUUACUGGACACCACUGACAUCCAAGGAGAAGAAUUUGCCAAAGUUAUAGUACAGAAGUUGAAAGAUAACAAGCAAAUGGGUCUUCAGCCAUACCCAGAAAUAUUUAUGGCUUCUCGAUCACCAUCUUUAAAUUUAUUUCAAAAUAAAAGCUUAUAGGUGACUCUUUUUCAAGAGGAAAAGUGAGUCUAUGAAAGGGUACUGUUCAAGGUAUUUCAAGAGGAAAAGUGAGUUUAUGAAAGGGUACUGAUCAAGGUAUUUCUGUUGCCUUGAUCAUAUUGUUUUUAUAAAAUCCUUAUGAGAACUGGAAGCUUAAAGAAGUUUCUUCUUCAGGUAAAUACUAGUUUCCUUCCAUGACGUUACAGGUUUUUUUUAAUUAAUAUAAGUAGAAACUGGCAUUUUGCUACAUAGUUCAAUUUUUUGUCUCUUUGGUUAAUUGAAACUAUUUUUUAAAGUGUAAUAAUUAUAUUCUUCUUAUACAUAACAAUGCCUUAAGGUAUCAUGUGUUUCUGAUGGAAGCCGUUAUCACAUUCACUUUCUUUGUGGAUUAUUACUCGUCUGAGACAUAGUUUGGCUUUUCCCCCUUUCUCUCUAUAUAUUAUAAAAAAAUAAUUCUUUUGAA